GAAAACUAUGUUGACAUUUCGGCAAAACCCGACCCGUUUCACCGGAUUCAAAUUCCUCCACCAAAAUCAGAAACCCUUCUUCCAUUUUCGGCUUUUCGCUUCCUCCACUCCAGAACAGAAUGAUGAUUCGCAGCCUGAUGAGGCUUCUUUCUCGAUCUCGCGUGAGAAUGCUUGCAGGUGGUGGAGGAGGAGGAGGACAUGGCAGUCCUGUUAAUUUCAACUACCGGAGAUGGUCAUCUGCAUCUUCAUCAUCCGUUCCUCCAAUUUCUGCUGAAUCCAUCAAGGAAGCAUACAAAGAAGCAUUCAAUGGGAUCGACAGCCUCAGAAUGGUUGAAGCCAAGCUUGAUAAACUAGCUGAUUUUAUGAUGGAAGUAACACAUGUUUUUCAAGAUGAGCCUGAAAAGUUAUUUGAAUUUGUGAGAAUCCUACUUGAUUUCCGUAUUGGUAGUACUGAUUUAAGUGUCUUCAAAGAACGACUGACGGAGUUGUUGAAAGGGCAUAACAAUUUAAUUUGGAAAUUCAACAACCUCGAGAUACCGGGAGUGACCUCACUUCUAUUGGAUAAUGAUGGAUUACCAUUCAAAUAUGAUUUAGCAGCAGUCAAAGAUGAUCAGGAAUGACAAGUUUGAUGACAGUCAUGUAUGUAUAAAUCAUUAUUAGGUUGAUCUAUUUAAUCAAAGGUUCUUUACUAUCUUUAGUGGUACUUAUGCUCUUUUAUUGUAUUGUAUAAAAUGAAAUAUUCAAGUUAUCACUAUCUAUAACAUAUUAACAUUCGUUACAGUUUGAGAUCUUACAUGAUAUUAGGAGUGUGGCCGGUGAACGUCUCUUCACACGGUCGUUGUGAAGGAGGUGUUACCUGCCAGACACUCUGACCUCAAGUCAAUAAUUAACCGUUAAUGUCAGUCAUUCCAAUGUCAAACUCGAAGCUUAACUGGGCUGAGCACGUCAUUGGACAGGAACAAGAACACACAGUUUUAGACUAGUGUGUGAUUGGUCAGAGUUCGAUGCCUAAUUGGGUCGACCUCGACGCCGAGUUGGUCUUAGGCCAUGUCCAUAGCAGUUUGGUAUUAAUUAUAGUUCCCCGUUUACUAUUGAACUAGCAUGGUAACCCAUAUAAGCUAGAAAUUUGUCUAAAUGCUUUUGAGAAAUCUUGGUCUUCUUUCAUAGUCAUAGGUGGUGGAUUCUUCUUCGAAUCCACUUUCUCAAAACUCUAGCUUGACACCCUCUACCUGCUUGUUACAAUGAUUGUUGGUGACAAUGCUGUUGGUAACAUGGUUCACAACAUUGCCAUGUAAAAUUGAUUUAAAUAUAUACAAUUACUACACAAUUACUA